UACAGCUACACUUGGAUAAAAAUACCAAACCAAUUUUCUUUAAGGCUAGACCAAUUCCAUAUGGUACAAGAAAAAAGGUUGAGGCUGAGAUUCAGAGGUUAGACGAAGCAAAAAUUUUAGAUCCAGUUGAUUAUUCAGAAUGAGGUAUACCGAUAGUAUCCGUAUACAAAAAAAUGGUACCAUCCGCAUCUGUGGAAAUUAUAAGCGAUGUAAAGAAAAGCUUAAUACAUUAGCAAUAUCUGUUAUGAACCAGUGGCCCGGAGUCCGUCUUUUAGUAACUGAAGGUUGGGACGAAGAAGGUUACCAUACACCAGAUUCGUUACAUUAUGAAGGAAGAGCAGUAGAUAUUACCACUUCAGAUCGUGAUAGAUCUAAAUACGGAAUGUUAGCGAGACUAGCAGUAGAAGCAGGAUUUGACUGGGUGUACUAUCAAAGUAGAGCUCACAUACAUUGUUCAGUAAAAUCAGGAUUGGCUCAUCAAAAGCCCGUAAUGUUAUACGUCAAACUGGACAAGUGCAUCGAAUUCCAACACCCAGAAGGAAUGUUAGAAACGAAAGCAACAUUAUAA